GAAAAUAGAAAAACUGAUUUUUAUUCAAAGCUGAUAGCGGCUGAGGAGAAGAAAGCAUCAAAUACUUCGAGUUUGUUGUACAGAAAUGAAUGCGAACAAAUUAUGAAUCGCUUGGAUGAACUUAAACGUGCUAACAUUAAAAAGACUCAGAAAGACUAUCGUUUGUUACGAAAGUAUGAAAUCCUUGAGGUCACAGUUGAAGGUAUCACCGUUAAGAAAUUGCAGAAAAAGGGAACUCAUCUUAGAUUCGUAUGCGCUGAAGAUGUGUUCGAUGUGAUCGAUGCUAUUCAUCGUGCACGUGGGCAUGGAGGUAGAACUAUUGUCUUUAGGGAAACAAGUGAAAAAUAUGCCAAUGUUUCAAGAUCCCAAAUUGAGUUAUAUUUACAGUUCUGUGAGGAGUGUCAUCUGAAAAAAAGCACUGUACGCAAGUCUGUGACUGUGAAGCCAAUUGUAUCCAAUAGUAUGAACUCACGAGCUCAGGUCGACUUGAUCGAUAUGCAGAGCCAGCCAGAUGGAAAACAUCGUUUCAUUCUGAACUACCAGGAUCACUUGACGAAGAUGGUGUGUCUUCGGGCUCUACAGACGAAAACCGCUGAAGAGGUUGCUUUCAACCUCGUUGAUAUAUUCUGUGACAAAGGAACCCCCCAUAUCCUGUAGUCUGACAAUGGAAGAGA